AUGGACAUGAAGAGCAGUACAAAUGACAAAAAUUUAGACCCUAGAGAAACAGAAGAUUGUUCCCAGAAGUGUGAAGAGAAUUCUAAAGAUGUGGAGAUUGUUUAUAAGAGCGAAAGUAUAUUUAUCUCUGUAUCAGAGCUUGAUAUGUCGUCUGCAAGCAAAAAAGAAAAGAAAGAAGGGGAAGUGGAAAACCUUUUCAAAACCAGUGCACCUAUUGGAAGCGAAGGUAUAGCGCAUCCAGAAGCCAAGAGCUUUAGUCCAGUAUUUAGCAGCCCUAUUCCAGACGCCAACAAGGUCUUUGGGCAAAGCAAAACAGAUCUAGCAGAUACUAACCCUGAUACAUCAGCGCAGUUUAAAGAACUCUUUGAGACAUGUUCUGGCAAUUCAUUUACAGCUAGUGCAGAUGGUGGAUCUGUUUCAGCAUCUAAGAAUACUAGUGAUAGCAUUCUAAAAGAUGCUCCUAGCAGCUCAGCAGAAAAUAAAGCAAAGGCUGUGGAUAAUGUUAUAGACAGUGAAAAACCACAAGAAGAAGAGUUGAAUAAAAAUCCAUAUGAAUUCUCUGUUGAUUAUUUUCGAUACGAUUUACACCAGAGGGAAGUGCAAUUUCAGGGCACAUUGAACAAUCUACGUAAUAGCGUCAGCAGAUAUCAAAAAGCAGUAAACAGAUGUAACGCAUUGGAACAGAUAGCUCAACAUGUCAUAAAUCGCUCAUUGGAUGGAGUUCAAGCAUUGCAAGGACGAGAACACCAACUUGGCAUUAAAGCAGAUAAAAGAGUAAAGGCAGAAAGCGACAAAGUUUUGAAACUGCAAGAUGAAAUAGAACAGUUGAGGAAAAAAGAAGAGAUGGAUAAGAAAAAACUAGAGGAUUGCAAUCUAUGCUAUAGCAGAGCCCUAGACCAGAACAAACUAUUGGAGUCUACGAUGGAAUUAAUGCAGGACCAGCUGGAUAUCCUCACGAUCUCCCAUCAAAAGCUACAGCUUAGAUCGAAAGAAAACGAACAGACAAUUUCAGACUUAAGCAACUACAGUAUAUCUCUUAAGCACAAACUGGAGUGUUCUGAGAUCAGAUCUAAUAUGGUUGAAGAAGUCAUUAACCAUCUAAAAAGAAUUUUAUCUGUGGGAAAAGAUACAUUUAACACCACAGAGACUAGCUCACCAUCAUUUACUACUACAGUGAGCUCUUCAGCAAUGCACAGAAGAGACGCUUUGGCAAAAGAGGAAGAAAACCUUGCUGAUGCUUUUCGAAUAUUCAAAAAAGCCUAG